UAAGACAAGACCGCAGCCAAGCACAGUGAGACACAUGGACCAAGUGUGUGUGUGUGUGUGUGUGUGUGUGUGUGUGAGCGCCCGUCUGUGUGUGCCUGAAUAGACAGAUAAAUAAGAGGAACCCAGAGAAACCCUCGGGGUGUGACACUGAACGAGAGGCUGAGCCCAGAGCAGAGGAGACAGGAGCACAGGGACGGAGGGUGAGAAAGAGUCAAAGAGAGACAGAGAGGCAGGGAGACACCAGAGCGUGGAACAGGUUCAUUCCUUCUGCAGCACCUCGCACUCAGCCACAGCAGACAUGCCUAACUUUGCCGGCACCUGGAAGAUGAAGAAGAGUGAGCAUUUUGAUGAACUUCUCAAAGCCCUGGGGGUGAACGCCAUGCUGAGGAAGGUGGCCGUGGCGGCAGCCUCCAACCCUCUGGUGGAGAUCCGUCAGGACGGCGAGCAGUUCUACAUCAAAACGUCCACCAGUGUGCGCACCACCGAGAUCAACUUCCACAUAGGGGAAGAGUUCAACGAGGAGACGGUGGACGGGCGAAAGUGCAAGAGCCUCGCUACCUGGGAGUCGGAAAACAAGAUCCACUGUCAGCAGACCCUGGUGGAUGGCCACGGCCCGAAGACAUUCUGGACCCGAGAGCUGAACGGAGACGAGCUGACACUGACUUUUGGGGCAGAUGACGUAGUGUGCACAAGGAUCUACGCCCGGGAAUGAAGCUCCGCACCCUUCAUCGGGACAAAGGCCCGAAAAACCCAGCGGGACAGCAACCCGUUUAAACCCAACCACGCUCUCUCAUGCUAACACAUUGGCAACGUCUCCCGUGUAAUCUCUAGGCCUCCGUCUUCAAUGUACAAUAGCAACGUCUCAGUAACCUGGUUGUUUGUAGUGAGUGUUGUGUUCACAGUGUCAAUAUCAGCAGCCCUGGUGUCAGCUGUUUUGCGUAGGAUAUAGUCAUCAGUUGCAUUGAUAGAGUGUUCAUGUUCAAUGACAGGAAACAAUAAAAAAAAAUGUAAUAAAGAGUA